AUGGCAGAACCCGAGGAUUUCAGAUCACCAGCCAACCUAUUUCUCCAACAAGAAGUCUACCGACUAGGCUCAUCCGCAGGCCUGCGCUCCCUUCCCCAAGGCCCUGAGCGCGAUUUCCUCACUUUAACCUGGGGGCCAGUCGUCUACCGCACCACCUACGCCCCAGAAUGCAAACGCCUCCUCCGCGUCUUUUUGCGCUGCCUCAACGACGCCAUCAGCCACUCCAUAGCCCGCGAGCUACCCGGCUCAGACAAGCAGCUCCAGGUGCUAAAGAAUACAUACUCCUCCAAGGUCUUCAGCGCGGAAAUGUACAACGGGUUAGACGAGGACGGCGUACGCAACGCAUUCCAUGAUUUCAAGGUGUCGCUGGCCAUACCCGCGAUCGAGCUGCCAAGUAGACUCCGCGUGUGUUUGAUGGUGGAUGAUAUGGUGCUUUCGCACCUUAAGGGAGAGCUGGAUCGGUCAUCUAGGGCGGCAAAGGAUGCUGAUAUAGAUCGGUGUUGGGUCAAAUUGGUCGAGGAAAAUUUCCCGGACUCGAGGCUUGGGGAUCAGCCCUAUAUUUGCGAGGUCGAUGUGGAUGGCGAGACGGAUGGUGCGGGUGAUUAUCGGGGUGUAUAUCGGGGGUGGACGAUGGUGGCCUUGACGGCGUUGAUUGAGGUGUUUAAAAGUCUGGGGCAAAUGCGGCAUCUGCAGGAAUAUCACCGCGAGGGACGUAUUUAUUUGGGACAGGGUAAAUGGAGUUUAUAG